AUGUCCUUCUGCUACACCUGCAACCGCUCCUUCACUGGCCCCCGCUCCCUCCGCCAACACCACAAAACCUCUCCUAACCACUUCUUCUGCAACCGCUGCCACGCCGUCUUUGACAGUCGCACCGCACUCACCCAACAUCUCAACAAUUCUCAGCUGCACAACAUCUGCCCUCUCUGCCCUCUCAUGGACUUUCACACGCCCUCCGCCCUCAUUGCACAUUUUGUGCACUCCACCCGCAAGCACUUCUACUGCGAACGCUGCACCCGCCAUUUCCCCACAAAGACCGCUCUUAAUUUUCACAAAACCGACUCGCACAAGCACCACCUUUGCCGUCCGUGCGGGCUUGACUUUGCCACCUGGGACGGGUUGCGCACGCACUACAUCCAACAACCGUCCGCGCACAAUUACUGCGCGCGCCAUAACCUCCACUUCACUGACGCCCGCACAAUUAGACAGCAUUACCAAGAAUCGCCCGAGCAUAAUCAGUGCGAGGGGUGUCGCCGUGACUUUGUGAAUGCUAGGGGCCUGAGAGAGCAUUGGGUGCAGAGCCCACUGCACCAUUAUUGUCAGCGCUGUGAUCGACACUUUUCCGAUACAGGGGCGUUAGGGCAACAUGUUGAGAACUCGGGGAGCCAUCAUGUGUGUGCGGUGUGUGAUAUGGAUUUUGAAACUGUGAGGGGGCUGAGGGAGCAUUAUGUCCAGUCGGAGAAGCACCAUUAUUGUCACAGGUGUGAUCUGAUGUUUCUCACCGCUUGGGCGCUGCAGAAGCAUUAUGGUGACAGCUGGGAGCACCAUAUUUGCAACCUCUGUGGGAAGGAUUUGAAGACGAAGGAUGGCCUCAUUAGUCAUGAGGAUCAGGUGCACUAUUGA